AUGGAUGCGGAUGGUGAAUUCCGUACCUCUUUCACCUCGAACCUGAUGCUCGUUCCAGAGUGGUAUGCAGGGUCGGCUCGCUUUCGGAAGCCUCCUCCAUCAGCGAAGGCCAGAGGCGAUAUGGAACGCUGCUUCCGUGCGUUGAAGAGCGCAACUGGCGGAAAAUCUCCCUUUUGGGGUCGCGGCGGCUCGCCCUUCCCGUAUCUCGACGACUGUCAGCCUGGUCGGCUCCGAUCGCAAAGCAAGCAGUCCGGCGACGGUUUUGACAAGGACCGGGCGGCUGGCAACGAUCUCCCGGGCUGGCCGGAUCGAAGCGAGGGCCGGUCCAGCGGCACGGUGAUCGGAUACGCCGUAAGGCACCACUGCCAGGGCAACGGCUACGCCGAAGGGACGACAAGAGCGGCACACUCGGAGAGUAGCGCCAAGCCAGGCUCCGCUGCGCUGCGCUCAUUGUAA